AUGUCGGGCAUCCAGAAGUUUGAUGUUUCACCGCUUUCUGAGAAAUCGAACUUCGUAAUCCCAUUUAGAAUUAACUUUGAAAAGGUCGUUAUCCUAUUUUUUAAGCGAACCAUUGUAGGACGGUCGAAAACGUAUAUGGGACGGUGUUAGGACACACGAUAGGCACGUAAAUUUUUAUUUGCAUAUUAAUUUUGUAGUGUUUCUAUUUUAAUCUACCACAAAGAUCGUCGUUGCUUUGUUUUCGUAAAACAAUUCAGACCUGGUAAGUUAUCUUAAUCCUCUAUCAAUUGGCUAAUCCACAUACUUAUUUCUUUCACUUGCGCCGAUUAUAAUAACCUAUAACUGCUCUGGACGAAUUAUUGCGUAUGUAGAAAGCCAGACGUGAAUUUAGAAUUUCUUCAGCCUUCGACUUGUUGAGUCCUAGUCGGAUAUUUUCUGGUCAGGAAAUUCUGAUGUUGCGAGAACAUUUAAAUGUCCUCAAUCUACAUGUAGAUUGAGUCAGACCCAUUCCCCUCUCUAUCCCGCGUACACUGAAAUGGUAAGUAUCGGGCUUAGGCCGACAAGAAGUGGUAUCCAAUCGAUCGGCACAGUUCCUAACUAAUAUUCUUUGGUCCUCCUCUGGCUACCACGCCAAUUUGUUCUUUAGCUUUCUGGGUUUCUGGUCUGCCAGCCGUCCAUUUUAUGUAUUAUAAGAUACGAGGUUACAAUCCUUCUGUAGAUUUUAUGGCGGAGGUGCGUUCUUCGGGAAUAAUAGGGACACUCUGACACGAACUGUUGGAUUUUCUGCAGUUAGCACAGUUGUAGCCGAUGAUGAAUUGGGAUUCCGCACCGCGAGUCGUACGCAUCACACACUAGUCCGUUUCGCGUUUCCCUUUUACAUGAAAUAUCCCCUCUUCCCCGGAAUUUCAACUCUAGUCGUGAGUCUUUAAUCUGCCUUAUUCUCCGUGAACUCUUCUUGCAGUAACUGGUUGAGUAGAGGGCAUCUGAUCGAAGUUCCUUGUGUAAUUUUAGUUUUGAUUUUGUUUGGGGAGCUACAGGAGGUGUUCUGUACGUGCACGUAGACUUUUUGGACAUACCUACAAAGCACAGCAUUAUAUAUUGCGGAAUGGAAAUGACAACUCCCGUUUCGCCUCAAAGCUCUGGCUCAAGAUUCCCUGCAAGCGGUCGCAUAGUAGCCAACAGUCAGUAUUAGAGCAAUGUCGCUUAAGGAAGUACAUAGGCACUGGACUGACAUCAUCCGACUCAUCAGCCGUCAUUGACCCUUGAUACCCCAACCCGAAUGCUGAACUUGGGUCCUGUGAGUCAUUUGACUUGAUAUACUGGACUUAUGCUCUGUUGCCCGAAAUCUGGCGUACGAAUCAGGCCCAAACGUCAAUUUUUAUCCUAAGUGCAGGAGCAAUGUUUGCAUUUACGCCUUGCCAUAAAUUUUGGUAGUAAUUUCUGCGCCUGGAUAUUUCGCCGAAACAGCAAGUGGAAAAAGUACUUUUUGGGCCUGACGCACCUAUGAAGCCGCGAACAGGUGACCUUUUUCAGGGCGGAAACCUCUCGUUUUUUUCGAACAAUUAUCGAGAUAAACUGCUUCCUGCCAAACUCCUAUGUAAUGCUUGACGACCAUUUCUGAGCGGAUCGCUCUGUUCUAAAUAUUAAAAAUGGGAUUUCUUUCUAUAUGACACCACUGUAAGUUAUUGGGGACGUUAUGCUCAAUACUUAUCAACAUCGCAAUCACACUUAAGUAUUUGGUUAUCUUCCAUGUCUUGCAUGUUUUGAAGCGGUUUAUAUCGACCACCUUUGCGAACUAAAGCUCAUUUGACGAGCAUCCCAGGACAACGGUAUAGAGUUUUUGUAUAACACUUCACUACGUCAAAUGCAUGUCAGUCUGUCUCACCGAAAACAUGGCGAGAACCUAUGUCCGAGGUUCAACUCCUCAUCAUUUAAGUGUUCAGAUAAAUCACAACACAUUCCAGAUUAACCUGGACAUGCUGGGGCAUUUGGCAUGUCGUUGCCUGUUCUAUUCGUCCACGAUAGUUAGUUCGACUCGCCCGCUCCAAGGGUUUGACGUAGUAAUAUUUAUUUCGCGUAUAUGCUCUACACUCCUUGCAAGACUUUGGGCUUCCCCUCACUACACGUUCCUUGUUCCCCUAGUUAAAAGAAGCUACCGGCUCGAUUUUGCCACUAUCCAGAUAGAAUUCUUUUUAGUCAAUAAACACUUCUGUGUUGCUAUGUAGCUGCCCUCGAGUGCUCAAGAUUGAGGCUCAAGGCACAACGUCCCGUAACCUGAACGGUGAACGCCGUUCCAUCGUAAUCACCGUUUCUGUGGUGGUGGUGAUGAUGGUGUUGGUGGUUAGGAAUGGCGGAAGGUAAAACGGUAAAUCUGUCGAGGGCUUGUAAUUUACAGCUUGCGCACGUAGUGCUUGUGUACCUUAACCUUCCUCGCCGUACCUGGGUAAUGAGAUGCGGCGAUUCAAGCAAUUUCACGGACGAUCGCUGUCUCCGAGGUCCGCUAGAGAUUCACCUAAGGCAAAGAGAGUGUACGAUUAUCUGUUCUAGCUUUAUGUUGAUUUUACCACGAUAAAAUCCUUUACCGACCUGAUGCACAGACAUCUCUCCUGCUGAGCAUAUUUACAUGAGACGGAUUAACCACUACACUCAUAAAGCAAACAUACUCGCUGCCAGUUUUGAUGUUAACUAACUUGUGAGUGGGGAGGGCUGACUGAUUAGGUAAAAUUGUUCAAUUGUUGUCUUGACCUACACAUCACCACCUGGAGUUUACGGCUUGACCAUCAGGAAACGUAGUGCUUUCGGGAAUUGAGGGGACUUUUAUAAAAGAUGAGUAGUCGAGCACUGGUAAUGUGGGUUUUAUCUGAGGCUUCCAAAUGUGUUCUUGAACACACCACCAGAGAUAUAUAAAAAAAAGCUGUCCCUUGUUUUCCUUUUUUGACCUCUGCGGCGAGCCUUCUCAGGCUAUCUUUUCUGUAUUUUCAUUUAUCCAAAACGGCAGUUAUCUACUACGCGAGCUUACGAAGGGCCGCUGGCGAAGACGUAACUGCGGUGGGCAACGUUCCGUCAACUCCGCGUGAUGCACAGGGCAAUCCCAUAUCGUUGCCCCCUUCGGCCGGCGACACGAUCGAGCUGUGCGCAGGCAUUGUUGACAAGAAUGGUGCAAGCAUAGAGCAGACCGCAGUAGAGGAAGUUCUAGAGGAGUGCGGCUAUCGCGUGUCGGUGUCCGAUUUGAAGAAGAUUUGUUUCGUUGCGUACGUAUACUGCCUCAUUGUCUUAGAGUUGCGAAAACUCCUAUUGAAAAAUUCAAAAGGCAAUUUGGCGAACGUACGCCUGAUUUCCAUAAAUUCUAUUCAGACCUGUAUAUUUAUAUGGCUAUUGAAGUAAUGAAUCAAAAGAUACGAGAACGUAGAUAAUUAUGCUGUAGCUCGGGUUUGGGGAGGGAAGGGGGAAAGUGAAACACCGAAAUUUUAGUUAGCGUCAGGGAGAAGCUGCGCUCCGGUAUGCCGGUGGCUGGCUUGGUGGCUUUGAACCAUGGCAACUAUGGGACCCGUAUGAAGUUCUUCUGUGCUCAUAGGACCGGUUCGCGUAACUUGAUCGCAGCCGCCUCUGCCGUAGCUGACCGGCACCGCUCAAGUAGUUUUGGAUAGCUUGACUUAACCUUGUAGAUUACUCAGAAGGCCUCUCUGGCGCCUACACGGUGGUCUCUGUUUACCAUCGGCGCGAGGAUAGAGCUGUUGGUGUUCUUUACUUGACCCUUUCCUAGCCAUGCUCGAAGAUGUUCUUUUACUCUUUUUGACAAACGCCGGCAACACAUGUUGGCUACGGCAAAUUCGGCUGCAAUCAGGCUACGCGAAUCGGUCAUAUGUACACAGAAGAACUUCAUACAGUCUCACAAUUACCAUGACUCAAAGCAACUAAGCCAGCUAUCGGCAUAUAAUUAUCUUCCUUGGGUCCACCUUCUUCCUGGCGCUGACUAGAAUUUUGGUGUUUCACUAUCCCCCUUCCCUCUCAAAACCCUAGCUACAGCAUAAUUAUCUACUUACCAUUAUCUUUUGAUUCAUCACUUCAAUAGCCAUCUAAAUGUACAGGCCUGAAGAGGAUUUAUCGAAAGCAGACGUACGCUCGCCAAAUUGCCUUUUGAAUGCUUCAUUGUCUCCCCAUUAUUUACUUCAGACCCCUGUUAACACCUUAACCAUCAGAUAAAUUAUUUUCAAUACAUGCCCACUGAAAGGAAGUAGGCCAGGUCUUUCGAAUGCAACUUCCGCUUUCUUUGAGUUUUAAAUUCGUAAUUUAACCCAUAGCCAUAUGCGGGAACAGGAGAUAAUAGGCCCACAGGUGAUCAAUGUUUAUAGGAUGCGCCUCUUGCACGAUUGCAUAUUUAUUGAUAAGUCCUGCUGAGCACUCAUUACGGAUGUUCCUUAUUGACACGGCAAGUGCUUGGCCAGGCACUUACGAGUCACCGGUGUUGGUAGUCAGUACACUCCCCGGACCACAAGACUCCCGUGUUCUGCACAGACAGGAUCAUCUCUGGAAGAGUUGCGUUUAUUAAUUACAUGCGGGUCUACGAAUCAUGAAUCUGUCAUUUCGUGAUUCACACGCGUAGUGUUGAGUUAGCGACCUUGGUAGCAAUCUUACUGUUCAUAUGUAUUCGGCCGUUGGCCUUAUGGGUAAACUACGCUUUCUUCCACGUAAUUGCUUUGAUCUCUACCACAUCAGAUCCGGCAAACGACUGCUAUAGUAUGUUGGCGUGGCGGCGGACCCUUCGAAGCAGUUCGAGAUGACGACUACAGCUUCUGGGAGGUUUCGUAUGUACGGGAGGGUUCGCUAGAAUUUGGUUUUAGAAGGCCUUCUCGUCUCAUGUUUGAGUACACAGUUUCACGAGAUCGCAUGAGGUGCUACUCAUUCGGAACACUAGAGCUAUCAUCCUACUGUUAGACCUUGUAACUGUCGGUGAACGAAGGCUAAGUCUAUCACACUUGUGCUUGCACUGAGGCUUUUUGACUCGUUGCUGCUGUCCCCCCUAUCACAGGGUUUUCGGUUGGUUCUGUCGCUUCUGAUAAUCCGUUAGUGUAUUCGUUGUCGUACGUGGUGGAUAUGGGGACACGUCUAAACGUUGGUCUUCACGUCGUCCCGGUCACGGCGACGAGUCCCAUCAAACUCGGGCAGUUGACUGGACAAUUGACUGGUGCCUGGGAUUGGGGGGAAGAGUGAGGUCGACACUGUGAAAUCCAUUCCCCCGGUAUACCAGCGCAUUCCUCACAAAAAUUAACAUGAAGCGCUUGAAUCUAUCACGACGCGCCAAGAGUCGUGAGUUGGAAGUUUACCAAUUGGCGGGAUAGUUAGUUCCUCUCCAGGCUCUGUGGUUCCUACAUAAUGUGGCCUUUACGGCACUCUCAUGCGCAUGAAAUCUGAGCCGCCUUCGUGAGAACCCAGUACAUGUUGUGGAGACCGGGUCGUGUGCAGCACGCAUGGACAGACUGUUUGGCUUUGUCAGUCACUGCGGCUGAUCCCGUCUCUGACAUCUCUUGCCAUCGGGCCAAUGUGGGUGAGGGAAGAGAGAGAGAGAGAGUGCGGUAGAUGCUGCGGAAGUCACCAGUGCUGCGCCUUCUCCGUGGGGCGCAUGCUGGGUGUCAUCGUUUGCAACGGUCGAAGGGCCGUAUUCACCAUGCUGAUGUUGUCUAAUUGCCCAAGCAUAAUCCUGAAAAUAAUACUGGUUUCUUCUUUGCCUAGGUGGACUGACAUCUUUUGGCUGACCUCGUCGUGUUUAGCCGGCUUCGCCUGUGCCGUAAACAUAAGUGUGCGAAUUUAUGCGAGUAACCGUGACCUAUAACGACAGCCUGCUCGUACAUGCGGGGCGUUAGGGGUGGGGUCGGAGGGUAAUCCAGUUUAGCCUUAAAAUGCCUCAAAGUCGCACCUGAAUGUCAUAUUGCCGUUGCCCGUAAAUGUCCCGUAUUCAUCAGACAGGGUUGGCGUUGACGGUACCCGAAAGGCGGAUAGGCACCGAAACGGGCUUUGUCUUUGAGAAAUAAAGAUUUAUGUAUUGCCGAACCCAUGUAGGUUUUAUGGACUGCUUGUCUGAUAACAUCUGCGGAUCUCGUAUUUAGUGGACAAUCGAGGAAACGCAUCGGAUAACUGCAAUAAAGACUGUAAGACCGCAAGACUGUGAUAAGUAUCGAAGUAAACCUGCCCGAGAUCUCCAACGCACUUCAAGUAACCGUGAUACCAACAGGUUGUGCCGGAUUUUGAGAAAACAGUCGAUCUUAUAAUCUGCCCAUUUCAGCGGAACGAUACUGGCUUUAGUAUCAGACAAAUCGUGAUGGGACAAAGAACCACCUUACCGACCUUUUUGGACCAGGUGGGCUCGCCCUCCACCGUUAGUUAUAUUCCAGUUUAGGGACACCCCGGCGCCAAAAUGCAAUUGCGACCCCAGUUAGCCAUCUGCUGCGGAGACGCUUAGCUUGCUGCCUUAGCCGAAGAACAGUAAUUUGCAAGUAGCGUCGCACCACACGGCCUUCUGACACUAAUUUAGGAAACAGGGAGUGCCUCCCUAGACCAAAACGAUCUAAGUGUUCCACUAUCCUUCAAUAAAGUCUAAAAGUUGCUAUAUAAAACGGUCAUGGGAUCGAUAUUCCUGACAUUAUUCCUGACAUUGUCGCUGUAGUCUCCGUAGUUGUUUCCGUUUGUGCCUAGGUAUGUGGCCAGGGGUGAAUGAUUGUGGCCUUUGGUGGGUGCAUGGUUGUUCUAUUCAAUACUUAUUAUUUUAACCAUCUGGGCUACGAUGCCCCGACCAGGAGCAGUGAGUCAAAUCACAUCUACGUCAAGUUACCCGCCCAAGUUAGUGCAAAGUAUGGAAUCCACCGAAUCCGAUGCAUUAAGCUGACUGCGCAAGCAGGAUUUCCUAAGUAAUCAAUCUAGCAUCCACCAGAUGUAAAUAUCAGGUCCAGUUAUUUAAUGGGUGUUUUGACGUUUUAUAAUACUUGUCUGACCUAAUUUUGAGAAACUUGACGGCCUCCGUUGGAUUCGGACCCACCACAAUAAUUGCAAGGCGGGUAACCUGGCCCGAGUGUGAUUAACCUCACGGCUCUCGGUCGGGGCUUCGUAGCUCUGAUGUUUAGAACGUUGGUUGUAUUCAAGUCUUGUCGUUGCUAUCGUGGGCCCAAAUGCCAUCGAGGUUUCGACAGUUGGAUCGGAGAAAUUAAUCGAAUCUGCCAAAACGUCUCUUGUUUGUUAUGUCCCGAAUGUCGCCCCCUACUGCCAGCAGACAGCUCUGGUCUGAUUCGUUAGUUUUUCUCCCGUAUUCCACUCUAUCCAUCUGAUUCCCACGGGCAAUGACACCGAAGCUACAUCGGUUGAUUAAAACCUCUUUGCAGAGAUGCAGCCUACUGCGACCUGGAUAGGAGCGAUGGCAACCAACAUGACCUGAAAAUAAGCGCAUUCAAGACGCCGGAUACACCUGUCUGGGCACUGUAUAAGAUAAACGCCUGGGGUAGUAGACAGCUUCUGUCAUUCGGCCAAACGAACUUGACCAUGCUGCCGGACAAGGGCUCUUGGCCUCUGUCUGGCUAGGCCGAAACCUUUUGAUCAGCCGAUCUAGGUUGCGAGACAACUUCCGUCAAGACACGUACCCUCUCUACUCGUUUGAAGCUUGGCCCCCGAGUUCGAACGAUAUUCAUCGCCUGCGGGUACUUGCACAACUGCGACUGCGCCCAUCUCCAAUGGACGGCCGGUUAGUUGAUUAGGGCCAUAACCGCCCACCUGCGCCAUAUUUACUCGCUGGAUUAACUGUCUUGGCUAUGGGCUGCGCCAAUCUGAAGGCGAAAUCGUCCCCACGUCGUCCGACUGACAGUGGCGUCAAGGUGGCCAGCUAAGAACAUGGUGAAAGCUGAUUUCUAGCGCACAUCCGACGCUUCCGUCUGUACGGCUGGCAUGUUAGUUGGCCAAAUUUCGUUCUGCAUUCUGCUGCGGACGAUUUUCGGUGAUGUAGUGAGCCCGCAGCGUUUAGCUGGUUUAAUCUGCCAGAUGUCGUUACAAGUAUGAGUUGAUGGUAUUUAGGAUUAUGCGCAGUUUUCAUACACCGGAGCGAAGUCUACUCAGGUUUCUUCUCGUCAAGUGCACUGCACUCUGUUUAUAAUAUCAUCGUCCUACUUAACUGUUAGGACAUUGUCAAAACACUCAUGUUUGGAGCUGAAUAUUUGCUGCGGCUCAACUCAAGAUGGUCUGACCCUCUGGCUUAUAUCAGCUUCUAUUCGUAGGAACAAACUAUUCCGGGGAAUAAAGAGGUGUUUUUGGUAGAUUCGAGUAAUUCAUUUGACUGAAUCUUAUGAAACUCGGCGACCUCGGUGGGAUUCGAACCCACGACACCAGGGGUAGGGCCUGAGUACAGCUAACACUAACCAUCUGAGCUGCAAGGCCCCUCCUGUCUCAAGUUGCUCGCUUAGCCAAGUACAACAUAUGGAAUCCACCAAUUCUGAUACAGUCAGCCGACUUCCCGUGCAAGUUUACUAAGCAAUCAGUCUAGGCAAGAUGGCUAGGGAUUUGGCCUUGUCCUUUUAAGUCGUGGGUUCGGUUCCCACUGAGGCCGCCGAGUUUUUCACAAUCCAGUCAAAUGACUUAUUCCAAGAAAAUCUUCGCCACGGCGUCUUUCUCCCACUACCGCACUUUCUGCAGGUCCGCAAGAAGUGCUCCUGUCGACCAGUGUUCUGGUCUAUCCUACGUUGGUGGUUCAAAGCAUGCCCAAGAGCAUCAGAUCAUCGUACCUGCCCUAACAUGCUUAUGCUAGAUUAAAGUUUGACCAAACGAACAGCGUGUAGUGAGCUCGAUUACUGUUGCCGGACAGGCGCAUAGGUACGUAUGUACUGCGCCUCAGCAAGUCUUCAGAGUUUUUUUUGACUGCGGUCCACGCCAAUAGCGCGUUCCUCCUGUCAGGUGAAGGAGGCAGACCGACUAGGCCGCCUUUACUGAACGAGGUCGUACGAUCGGCUGGCAGCGAGUGUUGGCAGGGCUGUGUGAGCGGCCUGGGCUACAGUUAAAUGGAGCCGAGGAGAGUGAAGGCCAGUCCAUCAGUCGACAAAUCCGUACGAAGUGAGUAAAUAAUGAUGGCGAUAAAAGUGGCUACGGACGCAAGCGGCUGCUGCCGCGUGUGUGUAUGUGAAGAGCCUGUGUAGCCUCGUAGCGAUGGCCCGCAGCAUCCUGUUAGUGCGUUGCAACAACGUAGAAAUCGAAGCCAUUAGUAGGGCUACCGCGCUUCCAAAUGUACUACGGCAUUGGACCCUCUAAAAGGCCACUUGGAACAAUGCAGUUCGCGAGAGCAAAUAUCAGAAAUCAAACCCGCCAUUGUUUUUUGCCUUCUCCGUUUACACGAUGCCGAAUUUGGGCUUGGGAAAGAGAAUGACUGGCCAUGGGUGUGCAGAUGGCAAAAUGACUAUGAGUGACAAGACUACGGUGCUGCGGAAGGUCACGCCAUCGUGUUCAUCCGAGAACUGCUAGCAGAUUGGGUACUCCACCGGGGUUAAAAGACAGUUUAUGAGAUGAGCACAUACGGUCGUUUCUGUCGCAAUUGUUGGAAGUCUGCGUUUUUUGGGCCAAAUAGGGGCAAACGAUAUGGCACACUAGAGCUAGUGCACCAGUAUUAACAGCCAGCACGGCCAUUGAGGCUUAAUACUCAGUCGAACCAGUUGGCCCCCAAGGUCCUUGAAUGCCUGGAAUGUGUAUUACGCACAGCCAAAAGGGUAAAUUCCUUGCAGGAAUUCGUCCGCAAAAAUCCUCGCUGAUUGCAAGGCGCAGCGGUAUCCAAGUGUUUAGAGAGGGGAAAGCACACCACGACAGCCGGGAAGGACUGAGUGAAGGCGCCCCUCUGAUUAGAACUGCGAAUAUUGCUCUGAACGUUCGACUCCUUAAAUGCCGCCCAGCAGGAGGUAGUGGGGCGUCUAGUUGUGUUAUUUUUAGGCUUUGUAAUUGUAUCCCUCCGCCCUCGUUUACCCAUGUGGUCUACCAAGCGGUUGUCGUGUCGCUAUUUUCAGUUCCCGCUCGUGAUUGAAAAUAAUAGUAAUAAUAAUAAUAACAAGUAUUAAUCCAAAGAUCUUAAUUGUCUGCGUCGUACACUGCACAUGCACUGGACGUUAAGUCGCUUUCGGACGUAGUUACUUAUGUGACAUGGACUUUGCAGCGGCCGAGUCAUCAGUGUACUUUGAUUCGAUGUAGCCACAUGUCAAGGCAGGGGGUGACUAGUGGGAUAUGAUUUAUCCUGCGCGAGACCGUUGGGCCCUCCCAACACUGCCUCAUACCUGCUUCUGGAAACUUUUUUCUCAGAUGUACAGCCAUCCCGAAUUACCUCGGCGUCCAACAAGUAAUUAGUGACUAUUCUGAUGAUGUCAGACUCCCUUUAGAGCGUUGGCUGGAUGAUCUUGACUACGCUUUAGACAUUGGCCGGCCGGCGUCAAAUCGGGAGGACGCAUGAGGCACUGCUACGGGUAGGGGGGGGGGGUGGGCGACACGUUGAGGUGGUCGCGCCUUAAGUGGAGCAAAGUAUUUUCGACCUUCAUGUUGUCAGUCCGACCGUCGCAAACGACGAUGUCUACCAUGUACUCCACGGCAUGAUGGGCGCAGGACGAUGAAUUACACAGGAAUUAAUCCAUAAUGACAGCAGACUUAGGCAGCAUUUGUCGCUUUCUCCGCCCUCAUUCACUUGAGCCCGGUAGCAAGACGUAGUCGGAACAAGGGGGGCGGAACCGAUGGCAGUAGAUAACAGAGCUAAAGAGACCGUCUGCGCAUGCUAUACACCUGGUUCGCGCACGAUGGGCUAGGAUUUCAGACAACACGAAAGGGAUGAGGUUCGGAUCCCAUCCAAGUGUGAGUACCAUGUAGACCGCUCCACAGGGCCAUUACAGCCCAACUUUUCCUCCUGAAAGGACCGAGGUAUGCCGUCAUUUGGCAGCCUUCCGAGCCAUGAAUUUCAGCGGAUUGUGAUCGUUUUAAAGCACGUCAGAUUCUUAUGUGAAGAAGGCGUUGAAGUACCGUGGUAGCGGAGUCCCCAAAGUCGACCCCACUCACUCUUCCCCCUUCCAUUUACAGUCCGUGCCAGUCAACCAUCUGAUGCUGAAAUUGGCGUAGGCCUGCGCCUUGGCGUCCCAUCACACCCCCUAUUGCGGAAUGUAUGAGGUGCACGGACUCUCCACUGCCAGGUUGACUCGUAUCGUGCCCUAAUCUGGCCCCCAUAUUGUCCAAUGCAUCUCUCGUACUGUUUUUGAUAGGGGCACAGAGCGAGAUGUCAGCAACAACCAGUAUUCUCAGUCGGUCACCCGUGGGAGUAUUAACCGGACCCAACGUAGCCUUACUUCGGUGAUCGGAUGUGAAACUGUGCUUCCUACGUGGUAUAGCCGUUGACUUUGACUUUUACAUAAUAUCACAGAACGGCGACCCUAUCUAAUAUCGGUGUUGCCUGUUUUGUCGAUCCAUGUUGUGGUAAUGGAGGACAAACAAACGGGAGGUUUACAGUCACGUUUGCCCGAAUAACUCGAGUCAGAAAUGCAGGCCUCGUUUUAACAGAUCUUUACCUCAAUCGCGGUGAAAUACAGCAUACUUUUGGCCAACGAGAAAGGUGGCGGUCCUAGUAAAAGACAUUCUCCACCUCCUGUCAUAUCAGUCUCACAAUGCCGCUUUAAGUAAGAACCUCCGUAUCACCAAUAGUAACAGAGAAGUGACUAGUUAAGCAUCGUCUAACAAGUAAUCGCUGGAUUUCAAACGCCCCAUCGUCGUCGUAUAAGAGGGUGUUUCGGACUUACAUGACCCUCCGUCACAAAUUAUCGGACGUUGAGCUCCAGCCUGUGGAACUGCAUUGAAGACGCCUCAGUCUUUGACAGUCACUUAUAUAUUCAGGUAAACUUGCGCUCUUAGCGCCUGACCGUCACCUGUCUCACCAGUCCACCAUUCGAUAGUCUCCACCAAUUUUCUUAUAUCUUUCAUAUUUUCCCUGCAAGCCAAAAAUAUGAUGUUUGGCCAUAGCUUCUGGUUCUCGUGGAAGUUGAUUAUCAUUCACCAAGUUUUAUGGUGAUUUCGAUCCUGAAGUAGCAUUUCUUAACUUAGUACAUACUUCUGAAGAUUGGUGCGGGGAUUUUUUUGACAAAUGUUAUGGGAACUCAAAAACUGUUUCCAAAAUGAAAAGGGAUUUCACUUUUCCAAAUUUCCCGGAGCUCAGUACUACCAAAACGACCCUCAACCACUAUCCACUCAUUGCCGACGUAAUUAACUCUCGAAACAAAGCCUUAGAUCACAAACUAUUAGAAAAGCCAAAUGUCGCUGCGCAGCAGAAUAGCUCUGCCAAAGUUACCCACACGACGAUGCGAAUCCUCAACUAUCAAUGGAAUGAUGAUUUCAAGACGAGUCCACCGUCCGGUUUUUUAUGAUCAGCACUCGAAUAAGCGGAUUUUUGCACUAAUCUCGUUGCCUCUUUUGUUGCAGGGUGAACGUAGGUACCAGUGGCACAUACGGCACAGUAUUCUACACUGAGGUAACUGAGGCUCAAAAGGUGGGUGUGGGUGGCGGAAACGAGAACGAGAAUGAAUGCAUUGAGCUCGUCUUCUGGCCGAUUGAGGAUGCUGACAAGUUGCUUUUCACUACAGAAACUGGGCCCUCUGUCCCCACGAGUUUGCUUUUCUCUGUUUUGUGGUUCCAGAAACACAUCCAGCCCCACUUACCCCCUGCUUCAUGA